CCGUAGCAAUCGCCAAAGCAAGGGGUUAGGAAAAGUUUCUUGGUUCCCUAGUCACUCUUUAGAAGGAAGAACACCGGCGUGGGGAGGAGUCGGGGCCACCCCCGCCCCCUGCCCGCAGCCGUUGCCACCCGCGGAGAUGAAAUGUGAGCCUGGGUGGCCAAGGACGCCGGAGUGGCCGCCUUCCCCGCGCCUGAGCGCAGUGGGGCGAGACAAAGAGACCUGGGCCCUCAGCGCACCCCGUCUCGGGCUAGGGGCGCCCCAGCUCCGCGGAGUCCCGCACUCGCUGGCCCGGGACGCGCCCGGCCCGGGCUCCCUUGGAAGGCUCCCUAGGCAAUGGCCGGGUCUCUGCUCCACCCGGCUCUCAGGAGCGCUGCUCUCUCCAUCUGAUCGCCCUCCAUCCUCCCCAUUCCCUCUGGUUCCGGGCUCUCCCUUCGCUCCAAGCCUCUCUCUGGCGCGCAACCUCAGGCCACCGGCUUGGAUGGACGCUCCGAGGCUGCCCGUGAGUCCAGGGGUCUUGCUUCCGAAGUUGGUCCUGCUCUUUGUCUACGCAGAUGAUUGCCUUGCUCAGUGUGGCAAAGAUUGCAAAUCUUACUGCUGUGAUGGAACCACGCCCUACUGUUGCUCCUACUAUGCUUAUAUUGGGAAUAUCCUCUCGGGCACUGCAAUUGCGGGCAUUGUUUUUGGAAUAGUAUUUAUCAUGGGGGUCAUUGCUGGGAUUGCCAUAUGUAUCUGCAUGUGCAUGAAGAACCACAGGGCGACCCGCGUGGGCAUCCUCAGGACGACUCACAUCAACACCGUCUCCUCCUAUCCUGGAGGACCACCACCCUACGGUUACGACCACGAGAUGGAAUACUGUGCAGACUUGCCUCCUCCAUACUCCCCCACCCCACAGGGUUCAGCACAGCGUUCUCCACCCCCUCCUUAUCCUGGAAACUCAAGGAAAUAAUCUAUCUCCCAGAACAGAACAUGUGCCAGUGGGUGAUCUUGCCUGGAAUAAAAUGCCUCUACUCAGAAACAGGCAGGAAAGAAUUGCUCCAAGGAAUACUUUUUGGGGUCAGAUAAUGUGUCAGGUGGAAUAUCCCUGCUAGGAGAUAUAAGGUUUCUACCCUGCUCAAAGCUGACCCCAUCUGGAGUAUUAAUGUUUGGUUCUAUGGAACCACAUUUUAAGAGAUCUGCUGAUCCACCUAAGCACAUUCAGAGAAGAGUAAUGUAAUUGACAAAAUAUCUGAUAAUCAUGUUUAAGGGCUAGGUGACGAAAGUUUCAGUAUUGAUCCUGGAAAUAAAGAAGACCUAAGCAGGAUGGGAAAAUGAUUUGGCCCACACAAGGAAGCAACUUUAUUCUAUAUAGCUUUAAAAGUCAGAACUAGAAUUGUUCAUUCUUUCAUUCAUCAGUAAAUGUAUUUUGAGUGCCUAAGAGUUUACUAUGUGCCUAGCACUGUUUGAGGUCCUGAUGGAAGUUACAGGAUGGGUACUCUGGUUUUAGUACAAGAAAGAGCAAUGACUAGAUUGCUUUGUGAAGGUCUUGGUAGAGACAUGCUCCAGAAGGGAUAACAAAAUCAAAUAGUAGAUGGGUCCAUUGGGCCUCAGAAGUUCUGCUCGUGUUUUAGGUGGGUGUGAAGUGAAUUUCUAUGUGUCCAGGAGUGAAUAAAACCGGAAGAGUUGGAUCUUAUUUAUUUAAUUAGGGAGUUAAAACAAGACCAAAAAGACUCAACAGCCGCUUGAAGCCAAGAACUCUUCAAUGCCAGCUACUGCCACCUAAAAAUCAACUGGCUGUAUAGUGGAUCAGAAUAAAGGUUAUUCCAACUGUGGGGAGAAAAAAAAAUUGUAUCAAGUUCCACAGGUAGCAGACACUUCACUUCCAAGUAAAGAUGAGAAAUCAAGUAUUCCCACAGGAUUUUAGGUCAGGGAGCAAAAAUCUCAGAACUUGACCUUGAAGAUACACAACAGGCUUGCAAAAAUAAAGUGAGAAAUGAAGUUCAGAUUCCCUUCUGUGGAAUUCCUUAAAACUAUUAUUUUUUUUUCUUUGUAAAAUUUUGAUAAUCUAUUCUCUUAAAAAAGUUAAUGACACAAUUAAGAUACUGACAUCAAAUUGUUGCCUUUUACCAAAAUGCAAAUUUUAUGAAGUGCCUACCUUUAUAUGUAUAAGCAUUUAAUAAAUAAUUCUAAUGUGCCAUAUUUUGCUGUGAGUGACCUUAACAUUUAUAUUUUUAUAUGAGUUGUUUCAUGUAUUUAUAAAGAUUGUAUAUUGAACAUUGGAAAUAGAUGAUUAGAUUUUUGUGUCAUUUUACAAUUAAAUCUAAAAUGUUUAAUCCAAUAUCAUCAUCAAAAUUCAGUGAAAUCCCAAAACAGUGCCAAGAAUUUUGCUGAAUGAAACAAUCAAAUGAAGCAUUUUAAGGUUUAAGUUAUAGUACCUGUACUUGCAGAUAAGAAGCUUACCAUAUCAUUAUUAUAAGUAACUUAUAUUACUUUCAAAUACCUAUAUUAGAAAGAUAUGGAUCUGACUGAAAUAUAACCUACCUGCCAGUAAGGUCCAAAGGCUGAAUUUGUUUUGAAUGACUUCCUUGAUUUUUAAGCACUGAUGAUUUUCUUAUAUAUGAGGAUGCAAAGCAUUCAAGAGUUUCAGCCUGUGCUGGUGAGGGGCUCCCUGACUUACAUAAAGUUUUCAGCACAAUUUUAAUAGUGCAUAUGCUUUAAUUUAUUUUUCUUCUGCAUGUGGUCAGACCCAAUUACACUGCAGCUAUGACUCUCAAAGUGCCAGGGUUUCUGUGAUGAUUCUGAGAAUGCUGAAUACAAAUAUACCAUAUAUUCUUUAAGGAAAAUGGAAAGGAAAGAUCAGCAGAAAUAGGGUUUUAUCAUCUUCACCAUCAAUAAACAUUUAUUGCAUACCUCCUAUGUUCUGCAAAUUUUCCCCAAAUAGAAGCCAGUUCAGUCCACACCAUCUCUUCUUUGAGUUGUUUAUGGCCUCCCUUAAGGCAUUUUACAAACUCAUAAGCCUACAAUAGAUGAGUAUUUUUACUAUUUGUAUUAAGUGUCAUAAUAGCAUAAAUGUGCACAUUACCAUUAUAGACUGUUGGAGUUCACUGAUUGUUUUCAUAGAUGAUGCUUCUUGGAGAAAAAUAGUAUAGGAUGUGAAAGCUUUGAAUUAUGGUUAUUUAAAAACUAACAUUUGCUGUGGCCAAAGUGUUUACAAUAAGCAAUAAAAUGAAAGAACCUAUUCUAACACAGAUUA